GCCGCCUGCGCCUUGCGGACCUUCCUCUGCGCCCGAGAACAUGGCGGCAGCCGGUUUCGCGGCCCCGCGGGCAAUUCAGCUGCGGGUGUUCACUGAGCGGCUGCUGCGAGGAGGGGUCCGGGAGCUCCUCCGGCCGCGACUUUCAGGGAGCACCCCCGGCUCGGAGCGCGACUUCAGCCUGUCCCACAGUCGGGGCACGGUCAUUGUAGAGCGCUGGUGGAAGGUGCCGCUAGCGGGAGAAGGCCGGAAACCGCGCCUGCACCGGCGACACCGCGUCUACAAGCUCGUGGAAGAUACGAAACACCGGCCCAAAGACAACCUGGAGCUCAUCCUCACCCAGUCGGUGGACGAACUUGGAGUCCGAGGUGACCUGGUCUCAGUGAAAAAAUCUGUGGGCCGUAAUCGACUACUUCCUGAAGGACUGGCUGUGUACGCAUCUCCUGAAAACAAGAAGCUGUUUGAAGAGGAGAAAUUGCUGAGACAAGAAGGAAAACUAGACAAGAUCCAGACCAAGGCAGGUGAGGCGACAGUGAAAUUUCUGAAGAGUUGCCACCUGGAGGUAGGAAUGAAGAACAAUGUCAAAUGGGAGCUAAACCCUGAAAUAGUUGCCCGCCACUUUCUCAGAAAUCUUGGCGUUGUGGUUGCCCCACAUGCAUUAAAGUUGCCCGAAGAGCCCAUCACCCAGAGGGGUGAGUACUGGUGCGAGGUGACGGUAAAUGGACUUGACACUGUGAGGGUACCUAUGUCCGUGGUGAACUUUGAGAGGCCCAAAACCAAAAGAUACAAGUAUUGGUUGGCCCAGCAAGCUGCCAAGGGAGUGGCCUCCACCAGCGUCCAGAUCUGAACCUGUUCUCCCUCGAAAGCAGCGAAGCAGAAUCAGAGGAACGGUGGAGCAAAGAUGGAGCAGCACUGUGAUGCCGCUCCUAGCUCUAACCAAACACGGAAUCUUAGAGAGCGAAUGGAGGCCGCAACAGCAGACCGGACUGCACCGAUGUGUUCAGUCGUCCAUAUUUGCCAUCUUCAACAGUUACCACGUUUGGCCUUAUUGGGGAGGCCUGCUCCAGAAGUACAGGCUGUGGAUUUGAUAAGCUAAAUAUUAAUAGACCAAAACAGUCUAGAUCCUAUUUAGCCUCUUCCUUCAUUGGAAUUCACUGGAAUAAAUGGUAGAGCUAGCUAGCUUAUUCUCAUCAUCCAAACUGAACAUUGUAUCUCAGAAAAAAUAAAAAGGUUGUGUUGUUUUUA